AUGAUUACCUCCCUGCUGAAAAACAAUACCUCAUUACUCAUGGUGUCCCCUGCCUUCGACGAGCAACUUCACUCACUUACACAGAUGCCGAUGAAGAUGCCAAGCGACUUCUCUCCUUCGGAGAUUCUUUGGGCACAGCCGAUGAGGCAAAAUGCCACAGUGGACUCUGCUGCAAACCCAGGCGAGAUCGAUGAUAUCCCAGACUUGGAUGGUGAUGGACUGGCGAGCGUGAUGGCAGAUGUGUCAAUUGUUUCGGAGUCGGGUGCUAUGGUGGGAGAAACACCGGAUCUAGAUGAUAUUCCUGACAUGGAGGAGGAGGGGCUGGAAGACAGUGAGGACAAAGCUACGGCAGCACCGGUUGUGCCCAAUGCAGGUGGCGUCAUUGAUGCAUCAUGA